CCCACCCACACGCGCCCCGUACUCCGCACCGUCCCGAGUUGUCUCCAACUUCUUCCCACGGCACUGACUGCUGGGCACAUCAGGCGCGCCGGGUGGGAGGCUUUCAUGUCUAGCUGUGUCCAACCUGUGGACUUGUGGGUGGAUCUUUCGAUUAUCAGCCGGCGACGCAAUCGCCAAACUACACACACCGCUCAGGCUGUGCGUCCUGCCCAGAUAUUUCUGUCUUCAGAUCGCCAUUGCUAGGCAGAAUGUUCAACAUUGACGUCAUCGAGGUUCUCCUUGGCACACUGGGUUUCGCGUGCAGCAUCUAUGACCCAUGGAUUGGAGACACACGCGCUAGCAUUCUGGUGACGUACGCAAGGACGGCAGCAUUGUUUACCCUCUUUGGGUCGGCUCUUGUAGCACUCGCAACGCUCGUACCGUCUGGCUUAAUCGAAGUUGAAACCACGACCUACGCUAUUCUGUUUUUCGCUGUUGGUGGGUCGGCGCCCACCCUUGCCCGCGGUGCGUGGUCCUUGAUUGACAUGUCUACCAUGUUUAACGACUUGCUGUAUCUCAGCUACCAGAGUAUUCCGGAGCCGACAGAUUCAGGCAGCGGAAGAACCUGUAACGUGGGUGACAUUGGGGGGUCUGACUUUGUAGCAUGGUUUGGCGUUGUCUUCUGGACUCUCAUGAAACAUAACGUUAGUUGGGAACGGCGUACGCCCUACGGACCCAAUUUGUAUAGGGCUUUCCGCAAUAACUGGGAGGCGAUCGUCCACGGAAGGUCAAUUCACCCUGGUCGAAUAUGUUGGACACACGCCUGGAAGUUCGGGUGGGAAGGUUGGGCGUCGCGAUCGAAAGCGUUUUUCAACCUCGUUAUCUUGAAUACCAUUGGCUUCGCGUUCCUUUUCUUGCAGCUUACCGCGGCCUUGGGGGAGGGUUUGUUGCUUGCAGUGGGCUCCCUCUGGAUGUCAGUGGCUAUCGCUGCACAGGCCAAUGGACUAAAGAGAGACGGUCGUGUGGCGAAAACGCGUGCCCUCAAGCUUGUUGUGGAGGAGCUUAUUUGUUGCGAAACAUGUACUCACAAGAAGUACGACAAAGAAGAAAGAGCAGUAAAUGCCGAGCCCAACACCAAGUCGUACGAGGUAAUGAUGCCCAAGGUCAAGCAGAAAAGUAUGGCCGACCGUAAAGGCAGCAGCAACAAGGUCAUUAAUGUCUGCAGGUGCAGGUUCUGUACGUUUGGGUGCGCGUGUCAGGAGGGAUGGGUGACAACCUCGGCAGACCAGUGUGGUGACUGCUCAAAUGGGGCCGUGUAAUGGUGUCGAGGGCAUUCGAAGUAGCUCUAUUAGUGCACUUAGGGACUGAGGGCAGUCGGCAGGGCUACCGUGACUGGAAAGAAACUACAGGAGUGACUUCUUUCGCUGGAACUACAGUAAAAAUCAUACGGUUACCUUUUUGUUGCGGGUGUUUUAUUUGGUAGUCUAGGGCUUUCUUGGGGUUUCUGCCAUUUCUCUUCAAAACUGAAAGUUGGUACAAAUUGAUUGCGAAGGGUACCAAGCGGCUCUUAUUUGGCAGUCUAGGGCGUUCUUGGGGUUUUCCCAGUUUGUCAAAAUAUUUUAAAAUCGGGGUAUUUUCUACGUAGGGUCCCAAUCGGCUCUCCCGCCCCCCGAUGGGCGGGAGCCCCGAUCGUUCGAGAUGCGAAAUGCUGUUAGGAACGCAGAAAACAUUGUGAAAGAGGAAGGUAGACAGGGUGUUCGAAACGUGUGGACGUUGAAGUGGCCAUACUCCCCGCCUCAAAUUCUCUUUGCUGGUCCAGAUUGAGGUUUUGCGGAGGCGGAAGCCUCUGUAAUCCAGUCAGAGCGCAAAAAUGGUCGAAGUCGGCGUUGAGGGUGCCCCCUCCCGUGCUGUUUAUGCACGCCGACAGACAGGACUUGAAGAAGCUUCUGUCUGGCUCUGGUACCGCUGAGCCGUUUUGUAGGCGUUCCGUGAAGAUGAAGUUAGCGAAAAGAGAACCCAGGACCCUUUCACGGGAAAGGUGGUCCACUGCCGUAUCGCUCUUCUCUUCUCCUGCAAAGCUUCGCGUUCUCCAUCCGUUGUAGACGCCCGAAAUCCAACACUCACAGUCCUCGUCCGGAGUUUUUGAGACAUGUUUCUUGCGAACUUGACCCUCGAGAAGAGCUGGCAGCAAUAUGUACCCUUGUACUUCCGAGGUAUGUCUUUGGUGAGAUACUUCUCAGGAUACAAGCUCCCGAUAGUUUCUAGGAAAUCCGGAACUUCCUUGGGCGCCUCAUCCUUGGGGGUUACCUUUUUCUUUUUUUUCUUUUCGCGCGAUGAUGUGCCAGGAGAGGGCCGCACCAUCCUAAUUAAGUGGCAGGGUGUUUGUGAGCUAUUGUGCAAGGUCUCGAUGCCUAUACUUAUUGAUUUUUCUUUACCCUCUCGGGGGGGCGAG